GGCGUCUGAAUCGUGUGUGUUUUUUAUAAAUUCGGCUAGUGUAUCAAGGUAUUCUUUUAUCCCACAAAUACUAGAAACCAUCCGUUGUGUUCGAGUUUGCGGAGAUAGGGAUACGAACGAAGAAUAUCAUCUUCAUAUGUGAGUGCGCAGUUUUCAAGUUCUGUCUCUCGCCAUCACAACUAUGGCAGAAGAAACUAAUCUCGACCAAGUACUCAACGAUGGCAGCAAACAAUUUACUGCAAAAAUGUUUUACGAAGUAGCACAAUCGAAUAAAAAAAAAAGUGUAGUUCUGUCAGCUUUUUCUGUCAUGCCGCCUCUAGCACAGUUAGCGCUGGCUUCAGUUGAUGAAUCACAUGAUGAAAUACUUAAUGCUAUUGGGAUGCCUAAUGAUAACACUACCAAAGCUGCUUUUUCACAUAUAACUUCAAAAUUGCGUUCAGUAAAAGGCAUAACAUUGAAGACCGCUAAUAAAAUAUACAUUGGAAAAUCUUAUCACUUAAACGAAAAAUUUGCUGCUGUGGCCCGAGAUUCAUUUGACUCUGAAAUAGAAAGCAUCGACUUCGAUAAGAAUGAAGAAGCAGCUGCACGUAUCAAUGCUUGGGUGGAAGAUCAGACAAAUCAUCGUAUCAAAGAUUUGGUUGACAAAACUAAACUUACUGUAGACACUCGAGCUCUUUUAGUCAAUGCAAUUUAUUUCAAGGGCACGUGGAGUACUACAUUUGAUAAAACUGCGACCAAAGAUAAAGAUUUUCAUAUAUCAAAAGAAAAACAUGUUUCCGUACCCACCAUGUACAACAAAGGUUAUUACAAAUACGCGGAAAACCAAGAACUUAAUGCUCAAAUACUGGAAAUAUCGUACGAAGGAGACGAAUCGUCAUUCGUCAUUGUAUUACCCCGUGAAAUAGAUGGCAUUUACGAGUUAGAAGAGAAACUCAAAGAUCCAUCAGCUCUUGAUAAAGCUAUGAAUAAUAUGAGAAACACUGAAGUUGAAGUGUAUCUUCCUAAGUUCAAAAUCGAAACGACUACAGACCUAAAACAAGUUCUUGAAAAAAUAAAUGUAUUAAAGCUGUUCAGGCCCGGGCAAGCUAAAUUAGAGAAACUUAUCAAAAAUAGAGGCGAUUUAUACAUAGAAUCAGCUGUACAGAAAGCCUUUUUCGAAAUUAAUGAAGAAGGUGCAGAAGCUGCGGCUGCAAACGUAUUUCAUGUGUAUGAGAUCACCAGCGUACAUCAUUACAAGCCGCCGGUGCCACAGUUCGUCGCUAACAGACCAUUUUACUUCGCAGUGAAAACAAAUUCAUUGACUCUGUUUAAUGGAAUAUUGCGUAGCGCUUGAUUCUUUAUAUUUAUACCUCGCUUAUAUAUUACCUAUCUUUUAAAUUAAAUUUAAUUGAAGAAGUA